AGAGACUGAAAUGUGUUGAAGAUGUCCAAGAAACCUCCGAGCAGACGUGGUAUCACUUUUGAGGUGGGAGCCAGGCUUGAAGCACGUGAUAGACUGAAGAAAUGGUACACAGCCCACAUUGAAAAGAUUGAUUACGAAGAGGGGAAGGUGCUGAUUCACUUCAAGCGCUGGAAUCAUCGAUAUGAUGAAUGGUUCAGCUGGGACAGUGUGUACCUCCGGCCUUUAGAGAGGCCACUGCUGCGGAAAGAGGGAGCGAAGCUGGACGAGCCCACCGUGGAGUUCCGCCCCAGCGAACAAGUGCUGGCCUGCUGGUCUGACUGUCGCUUCUACCCAGCUAAAGUUAUAUCAGUCAACAAAGAUGCUUCUUAUACAGUGGAAUUUUACGAUGGUGUUGUGCAAACUGUAAAGAAAAUCCAUGUCAAAUCUCUUCCCAAGACCUCGAGGGACAAGAAUUCUGCAAGUGGUAGGAAUAAAGAAAAUGGCUCCGGCAGUGCAAGACAAAGGGAGAGGUUACGGGAGAGGGCUCCCCCAUCCCUUGGGGAUGAGCGGGUCAGGGAGAUCAAGGCAAUGGAGAAGAAAGAGGAAGAAGCCAAACCAGCUCUGCCUGAAGUGGAGCAAAAGUCUUCGCACGAAGCUUCCCCGGAGCAGGCCGAGCACCUAAAGAGCUCACCGGAGGCUCUGUCGCAGAAGAGCUCUCCGUCUUCCAGUGAGCUGGGGAAACCCGAGGAGAAGAGAAAACGUGGGAGGCCCCCCUCCGUGGGACUAACAGGCAGCCAUUCUAAGGGGGCUGCAUGUCAGAAGGAUCGCAAACCACUUCCGUCACACCAAGGGGGCUCAGGAACCGGGAAGAGAAAGUCUGCCUCAGAUGUCCCAUUCCAGCCAAAGCACACCAGGCUUAGCAAGACCUCAGGCCCGAGGCAGCCCACAGGUGAUCAAGGGCAGAGCCAGACCAGAAGGCGGUCUUUACGUCUCGCCUCUGGGGACAGCAACUCCUCGUCGAUGGGUGGCCAGUCCGAGGGAGCAGAGACACGGAGCAAGACCAAGGAGCAGGAGAAGGUUGAGCAAGCAGCAGGGUCUGAACCCUCUGUCCAGGUACAACAGCCUCCCUCUGUCAAAGCCCAGUGUUCCUCAGACACUGGCUCCAAAACCUCCACGUCCGAGGCCGUUGCAAGCCCCAAGCACCAAACCAGUGAAGUAGCGAAGCUGGAUUCCCCAGCGCCGACCUCGGAACUAAAGGGUCCUCCCAAGGAAACUGCUCCUGUUGUGAAGCGUGUGCCACGAUCCCAGAACCCAAACAGAUACAGUAGGGAACCCUUGACGAGCAGCACUCCGAAUCCCGAAAACCACCUGCCCCCCAAGGCACUGGUCAUCGAGCUGGACCACAACAAGUUCAAGUGCAAGAUUCCCGAGUGCUCGAAAGCCUUCCGCAAAGCCAAGAUGCUGCACUACCACAUGAAGUAUUACCAUGGCAUGGAGAAAGCCGAGCCAGAUCCCAGUUCUCCCAAAAGGAGCAUGCAGACACGGGGCUCCUGCGCAUCGGAGGGGGAGUCCCUCCUGGACAGCCCCAAGAGACGCCGCACCACCUCGGGCUCUAUACAAUGGUCCCAGCAAGCGUCUCACAGGGCCUUGCAGUCCUCCAGCGCUGAGCUCAGAGCUCCAAGGCUCAAUGAGAAACGGCGGAUGUCGACGCUGUCCUCUCUAGACAUUGCUGCACAGUCCAGGCUCUCCCUCCGUGACAAGAGCAAGGAUAAUCAGACAGAGAGGUCGCAUCAGAAGCUGCAAGACCGGGAAAAGGGUUGCGCUGAAAGCGGGUCAAGAGAGAGGAGCAAGGAGAAGAAGCUUCGCGAUUUCCUGAAGGUCAAGCUGAAGAAAAAGAAGAAAAAGAAAAAGAAGUCAAAAUCUGAGUUUUCUGGCAGUGAAGAGAAUGUAGAUGUCUCUAGAGAUUUCCCACCGAAAAGAUCCACGUUCCCUUCAACCAGAUCUUCCUCCUCUUACAAAUAUCCCUUCUCUCAUAAAUACACGUCGUUACGCAGUUCUGACUCUGGAUACUACAUGGAAGGACUGAAAUUUGACGACAUUUCAGAUGACGACCCGACAAGCGACUCUUCGACCGACAGCCUGCUGUGGAGCGAAGACGAGUACAAUCAGGACGUGGAUGUGACGACUAACCCCGACGAGACCGGCGACAGGGACGACAGCCAAUCAGAAAUUGUACGCUGUGUCUGUGAGGUGGAGGAAGAGAAUGAGUUCAUGAUUCAGUGUGAGGAUUGCUUGUGCUGGCAACAUGGAGUCUGCAUGGGCCUACUGGAGGACAGUGUGCCCGAAACCUAUACUUGUUACAUCUGCCGUGACCCACCAGAUCAGCGUUUGAGCUCCAGAUACUGGUAUGACAAGGAGUGGCUAAGCAGUGGCCACAUGCAUGGCCUGACCUUUCUAAAAGAGAAUUAUUCUCAUCAGAACAGUGGGAAGAUAGUUUCGACGCACCAGCUACUGGGGGAUGUCCACAAGGUGAUCGAGGUGCUACAUGGGCUGCAGCUAAAGAUAUACAUCCUGCAGAAUAAAGACCAACCGGAUCUGAAGCUCUGGUGCAAGCCAUGGAGAAUCUCCUCGACGGCCUUCGAGAAGCUGAGGGAAAGGCAGAGUGCGCCCAGCGAGGACAGCAACAGCGGGGUCAGCGCCAGCGCCAGCACACCAUGCAGGGCACAGAAUGGCACGGCUGAGCAGCAGAACAGAGCUCCCAUGAUCGAAGAGUCCUACAUCACCAACGAGCACUGUUACCAGAAGCCUCGGGCCUAUUACCCCGCGGCAGAGCAGAGGCUGGUGGUGGAGACCCGCAACUCCGCGCUGGAUGAGGGGAUCGGCAGGAUGAGGGAGAAUGGAGACGAAACUCUGGCCGAGAGGUUCGGGCGGAAUCUCGACGACGACUCGGGAAAGCCUGACCUCGAGGUUCGCCGAGAGCAAGCCGGUUCCUGCAAGGUCCGUGGCAGCAGCGGCGAUACAUCUCCCGAGGCAGAAGCGGAGAAGGAAAGCUGUGAGCUGAAGCAAAGUGAGAACGAAGGGUCCAGUGACCCCCAGCUGCAGUGGCAGGUCAACUUACUGACACACGUCGAGUCAUUGCAGGACGAGGUCUGCCAUCGCAUGGACUUCAUUGAGAAAGAGCUGGACGUUCUCGAGAGUUGGUUGGACUAUUCUGGUGAGCUGGAGCCUCCUGACCCACUAACCCGACUGCCUCAGCUCAAGCACCGGAUGAAGCAGCUCCUCACGGACCUGGGCAAAGUGCAGCAGAUCGCUUCCUGCUGUCCUGUGUGAGAUACAUCAGGCACCCAAAAGGAUCUUUGACCACGGGGACAUUGUGGCAAGGUCGGAGAUUGGUCAACUUAAACCACAGAAACAGUGUGGACAGAAGUACAUGGGUGUAUGUGACUGGGCCAUUCCCAGGUUGUUUUGAUCGGGGUGGGGGGAGCCUGUUACAGAAUGACGAAAGGAAGCCCCUCUUCUUCUCCUCCUCCCUACCCCCCCCCCCAAGACUUGACCACGAGCCUCUGUUCCAGUGAACCUGAAUCCAUGAUCUGUCUUCUGCUUGCUUUCGCUCUCUCGGAACACUGCAGUGUUUGAACAUUUUAAGAAGGCGAGUUACCAUCUGGACAUUUUAGAGAGAGCUUUUUUUUUUAAAAAUCGAGAAGAAAAAUUGCUAAGAAUUAUUGGUGUAUUUAAAGUUUCCACAUUGACACCUUUGUCGUUUUUUUUUGCGUUGAAGGAAAGAAAUGUUCCCGUUUUUCGGGUAGAGGCAGUGUGGCCAUUCUGAGCACUAACUGGGAGGGUUUACUGAGCUGGUUCUGCGGAGCUAUUGUAUGCACAAGCUGGGACUGACUACGUUACCUUGGAGUCGUUCACGCAAUCUGUAAUUGUUAAUUUGAUCUGUACAGGACUGCAAAAUUUUUGACUCUACCCAUUUCAAAAAAAAACUUAAUAGUUUUUUUCCCCUGAUUUGCAUCAGUUCCAUCAUUGUAGGGGGAGGUUUUAAGCUGACAGUUUCUGCUCAAUGUUAAUGCUGUGGAAAUGAAUGGGUUUUCAAUGAACCAAUCUGUCUUCCAUUGUGUGUGUCGGGGGUGGGGGGAAAGGGAGGGAGUCACGGCUAAAACUCUCGAUGUUUUGCCGAUGAUAUGUCUUCCCUAUUGUUCUGCCCAAACCAGACAGUUGACCUCCCAACACCCCCACCCCUCCUUAAUAGGUGGGAUGAUGUAAACCUGCCCAAGGAGUGACUCCAUUAUAGCAGUGCGCAGAAAGUAUAUAUACGAAUGUACGGUCAGAUCAGUGCAAAGGAAUAUAGUAACAGGUGAAGGCCAUUCAGCGUGUCCUGGAGCCUGCUCCGCACCAUUGUGUCCAGUUGGCGUUGGUCUGUACCCUAACACCGCAUCCCCACCUUUGGGCAUGUAAGCCUUGCCUAAUAAAAAUUUGACGACAAGUUAGUGAAAUACUGCCCAACGUGGCAAUGUGAAUAAAAACAAGCGUUGCUGGAAGUACUCUGCAGUUCAGGCAGCAUCAAUAGAGAGAGAGCAGCAGAAUUGACAUUUCAAAUAGGUGGCCUUUUAAUCGGACCUGAAUCUAUUAGAAGUCAUGUUGAUCUUCUGUUUUAAUUUCAGUCCAUAAUGAGACUGGCAGUGGAUUUUCCCAGGAAAGGGAUGCAUGUUAAUCUGUCUUUUUGCUUUGCAGAUGCUGGCUAAACAAUACAUGUCCACAUUUUAUGCCUUGUUUCAGUUCUUUGCAGAUUUCUAACAUUUUAACUUGAGUGCUGCAGUCCUGGCAUUUGGAACUGGCUUAACUGGCAGUGGCUAAGAAAUGAUUGCCAACUCGGGGCCAUAGCGUGGGGUGCGGGAGAGGACGCUGAGCUUGGAGCAAAUCACUGCUCUACCCUCCUUCCUGCUCUAUUAAACUCCUCAGAACAGCCUUCCUGAACACACACACUCCCCCCUCUCUUUCCCCCCCACCCUCUUCCCCCCCCUCUC